UCUCGGAUAUAUUGUGUGGCUGUUUUCCUAUUGUUAUUUUAUUACCAUCUCGUCGUUCCUGUACCACGUUGGAAGAUGGGAUGCGCAAUAUCAGGACUGGGUUUGGUAGCAAAACCAGCCGGAGACAUAAGAGAUGAGGACGUUGCGGUGACAAAACUAAGCCAGGAACAAAUUGAAAUGAUCAAAGAGUCUUGGAAAGUUAUCCAAGAAGAUAUCGCCAAAGUUGGAAUAAUUAUGUUCGUCAGAUUGUUUGAGACCCAUCCAGAAUGCAAAGACGUCUUCUUCCUGUUCAGAGAUGUGGAGGACCUGGAGAGGCUGCGGACUAGCAAAGAGCUACGGGCUCAUGGACUGAGGGUGAUGUCUUUCAUUGAGAAGACUGUGGCCAGGCUGGACCAGCUGGAGAGGCUGGAUCAACUGGCCCUGGACCUGGGAAGGGGCCACUACCGUUACAAUGCUCCGCCAAAGUACUAUGGGUAUGUGGGGGUGGAGUUUAUCCGUGCUGUCCAGCCAAUUAUGAAGGAGAAGUGGACUGAUGAGCUGGAGGAGGCCUGGAAGGCCCUAUUUCUGUAUGUCACCAGAAUAAUGAAGAAAGGCUACUGGGAGGAAGAGUGGAACCAACGCAACAAUUAUGUGGAGCCAAGCAAAGACAAACCAGACAGGAAACACAACCGUCUUUAAGACCCUCCGCUGCAGUUAAAAAGCACUAUCUUUUAAUAAUCCACUGAGGCUUCUGAAAUUGCCUGGCUUCUCUGCAGACUUCACUAACAUCCAAACAGAUUGGGCCCAAUUAGCAUACUCAUUUAUAGCCCUCGUUGUUGCAGACGCACCCAAAGACUGUGGUCAAUGGUGAAGCAGGGACAUGUUACUAAGCUGUACAUACUUUGGAAAUGGCUAUAUAUUAAUUCUGAGCACAUCCAAUACAGCCAAUACUCUUUCAUUUCUACCUACCUAUCCAUGCUUAAAGGUACAAUAGGUAAUUUCGGACUUCUAACAGUCUAACAGAAUUGCAGCAACAAACACGCUCAAACCACAACACUGUUUAUCCCACCCCUUCUCUGUGAACGCGCUGUGGUAAUUAGAACCCAUUUUCAACCAAUGAGCUUUAAUUAUUGUACAGCUAUACAAUGUUUUGGUACAGAGUGCCGGUCAAUCAACUGCAUAUUUUGAAACCCAAAUUUAAGGACUAUAAACACAGGCAGGGGGUGAGUCAACAUGUCAGUGAGCAUUUUUUAAUGAUAGGAAGGGAUUUACAAUGGUCUUGUAACAAUGUUUUAACACAAAAAUCUUACCUAUUGUACCUUUACCUCUAACCGAUUAAAUUCCGCUUCGCGAAAAGUUGGGCAAGACACUAAAAGCACUAGUGAUGGAAGAAUGAGACUUUGUGUGUUCUAUAUUAACAGUGCAUAUUAAUGUACACACAUUCACAAGGUCUGUCAAGAGAGAAUAUGUCAGUAGACUUUGGGCUCGCUGUACCGGUGUCUGUUGCAUUUAUCUAUUUUCCACAACUGUUAAGAGUCAACUAAUGGAAGAAUAACCCUUAUGUACAGUCCAUUCAAAAAGUAUUGCAACAGCAAGGUCAAGCCCAUUGUUUUUGCUAUACACUGAAGACAAUUUCAGCUUUUAUUUCCUGGUAUUUCUAUCUAGAUUUGUUAAACUACUUAGAACAUAAUACCUUUUGUAUCAGACUACCCAAUUUUUAGGUGAUCAAAAGUACUGGAACAUGUGAGUGACAGGUGAUUCUUGUUGCCCAGAUGUGUCCUGUUAGAUUGAUAAAUAAACAAUAAAUUGUUCUGAAUGUCUACUCUUUGUUUGAGCCUUGGGUUUUGACUGUAAAGACUCAAGAAUUGCAAAGAAGGUAGCAAAGAAGAGGAGUUAGAAAAGGUGAAAGGUGAAAACCUGAGAGCUGUUUUUUGGAGAAAAGCAAGCCAUUAUGAAGCUUAGAAAAGAUGAGAAAUCACCAUUGCACAAGCAUUGGGGAUAGCUUAAUAACAACUUGGAAUGUCCUGAAAAAGAAAGAAACCACUGGCGUACCAAGCAACAGAUAAUGACAGAAGCAUGGUGGAGGAAGUGUCAUGGCUUGGGCUUGCAUGGCUGUUUCUGGAGUGGGCUCACUAAUCUUUAUUGAUGAUGGUAGCAGCAGGACGAAUUCAGAAGUCUACAGAAACAUUAUGUCUGCCAACUUACGGAGAAAUGCAUCCAAACUAAUUGGGAGGGACUUCAUCAUGCAGCAAGACAAUGACCCAAAACACACUGCCAACAUAACAAAGGAAAAGAUUAAAGGUUUUAGACUGGCCAACUCAAUCACCAGACCUUAAACCAAUUGAGCAUGCAUUUCACCUCCUGAAGAGGAGACUGAAGAGAAAACCCCCUGAAACAAACAACAACUGAAAGAGGCUGCCGUAAAAGCCUGGAAAAGCAACAGUGUGGCAGUGUGUCAAUGAGUCACAGGCUUGAUGCAGUUAUUGCAAGCAAGGGAUAUGCUACCAAAUAGUAAGUGUUAUUUACUUUCAUUUGAUUAAAUAUUCUCUGUUCCAAUACUUUUGCUCACCUAACGAUUGGGUGGUCUGAUACCAAAGGUGGUAUGUUCUAAGUAGUUUAACACAUUCAGGUGUACAUACCAGGAAAUAAAAGCUGAAACUCUUGUCUCAUGUUCAACUAUUCAUCGUAACCCCAAAUGUAUUCAAUGUAUUGAUAUACAAAGAUAUACAAAAGAUAAAAAAUUAGUAUAUAUGCAAUGUGCAUAUACAACUGGUUGAAACCACUGGUUAAUCAUUGCUAGAGUGCUGAGACCAGGGGAUCAGGUAUUGACAUUUCCAUUCAAGCUUGCAAAAUCCAGUCAAAAAGCCAAAAAGCUAAUUUCCCCAUUGGUGCCAAAAAGCACAUUCCCCAAUUGAUGUCCAUUCUAAACUAUUUUACCUGGCAAAAUUCACGUUUAGGAUAAACAGUGCAUAUGCUCUGGUGGCAAAAAAGCCCCAUAGUCAAAUAUAGCAGCCUCCAUGAACUAGCUUCAUGCACCAGUGAUCAGCUCCCAUAGGAAUGAAUGGAGCCAGUAAGAGGAAGCUGUCUGCAGUUCUUCUAUAUCUUGAUGGUUAAGACUGAGGCCCAUCAUUUAUUCAAGGGACUAAAGCGAAUGACACUUUUAAAAAGAAUGCUUUUAAAUGAGAGAAUGGUGGCAAAUAAUAAUAAUGGUCCAAUGUGCAAGUUAGUCUCCUGUAUGGAGAGUUAAAAAACAUAAUUUUUGCCCGUUAAGACACACUAAAGGGUGAGGAGUUCUCUCCCCACAAAGGAGUUUUUACCUCAUGUGCUAUCAGCGGGGCUCAGGGCUAGCAUUUCCUUUUUUCCCCUCUGUUGUUCUGUGGAGUGUCUUUAUGAAAUCAAAUUGAAUUGUUUUUAUUAUUAUUUAUACAAUGUUUUUUUCUGUAUCCAUUUUGUCUUUAUUUUUCUGUAUCCAUUUUUUCGUAUUUGUUUUUAUGAGUUUAUUGAUUUUAUAUUUUUAUUUGAUAUUAAGUAUUCAGUCAUCAUCUUUCAUGGCAUUGUGUCUAUUUUUAUGAUAUGUGUUUUCACUGCUGUAAAGCACUAUGCUCGAAAAGUGCUAUACAAAUAAAGUUGUUAUUAAUA